UCUCUGCUCCUGCCCGUUUGACAGAUAGCCGUAACUUUCGUGCUGUGCCAGCCGCAUCUCUGAGACAAGAUGGUGAAGGUCGGAGGGAAUGGAUUCGGCCACAUUGGGCGCCUGGUCACCAGGGCUGCUUUUAAUUCUGGCGAACUGGACAUUGUCGCCAUCAAUGACCCCUUCGUUGACCUUCACUACAUGGUCUACAUGUUCCAGUAUGAUUCCACCCACGGCAAGUUCCACGGCACAGUCAAGGUGGAGAAUGGGAAGCUUGUCAUCCAUGGAAAGGCCAUCACCAUCUUCCAGGAGUGAGAUCCUGCCAACAUCAAGUGGGGUGAUGCUGGUGCUGAGUACGUGGUGGGGUCCACUGGGGUCUUCACUACCAUGGAGAAGGCUGGGGCUCACUUGAAGGGUGGCGCCAAGAGGGUCAUCAUCUCUGCGCCUUCUGCCGAUGCCCCCAUGUUUGUGAUGGGCGUGAACCACGAGAA